AUGCGAGGCGUGAUUGUGCUGGUCCUGCUCGGGUGGGCUUUGCUCAGUCGGGCGUUGGCGACCGAUCCUUCGUCCCCCGUUGGCGCCGCGGUCGUCGACAAGGAGCCCCUGCACGCGACUCGCCACCGGCCUUCAAUCCCCAACAAGAUCCUCUUGAUCAGACAUGGCGAGAAACCGGGCCACAAUAGGGAAGGGCUCAGUGAGAAGGGGCGUCGUCGCGCUCAGUGCCUGCGAAAGGUAUGUUCUCCAUUCCUUCGUCGUCCGCUACGGGAGCCCAGUUCGGGAUCAGCACCGGCUGCGGAGGCGUGCGUGCAUCAGAACAUCACACGACCUACAGCCUGCAACGCGUCUUUCGGCGCGCCUCGAGCGACCAUCACUCCCGUCACCGACUUCCAUGACUUCAUGAUCACUCUAGCCUAAGCAGAGUAAUCGUACUGAGCACAUCCACUGCUCCUCUUUGCCGUGUGUCUUGGCGCGCCGUUGACGAACGUGCCAUGCCCGAAUCCGACCUCGCCGCUCGGUCAACGUGCCGUCGUGAUCGCCCCACUCGCUCACCUUGCAUCCCGGCUUGGCAUUGGGCAAACGCGCAACUCCCUCCUCCGAACCGAAACCAGGUCUUCGGCAGGCGUUCACCUCACAGCAUUGGCCUCAUCAUUGCCCAGUCGUACAACCCAUCCACGGGCACUCGCAAGCGUCCGUACGACACCGUCCUCCCCUUGGCCAAGGAUCUUCGAUUACCUGUCAUCACGGACUGGUACGUUCGGCCAACCUCGAUGGCUUUAAGUUAGAUUCGGUGUCCCCCUGGGCCAGGUGUGGUGCUGAUCGACCAAACAAUAAUUUGUGAACUUCAGCGAACGAGAUGAUCCGGAUUGCGUCGUCAACCUUGUUCGACAGUUUGCCAAGCUUAGCAGACGGGAUGUUCUCAUUUGCUGGGUAGGUCACGCUUUUCUUUCCCCGAGCUUCUGCAGGGCGAGUGGGCUGUCCGGCCGACAUGCAAUCGGUACAAGCUUACUGGGUCCCGUGCAUCGAUCCCACAGAAACACUCGUUUUUGCUUGAUCUCGCUGGGGCCUUUGGAUCCCGGGCCCGCCUCGAAUACCCCGACAAACGGUGAGUCUCCUCUCGCACGACUUAUGCCCCGACGUCAGUCAGGCGAAUGCUGAACCUUCUUCCAUGCCGCGAAUGCUCAGAUUCGACAUCGUGUGGAUCGUACAACACCGCAAGAUCAUCUCAAAGAAAUCGGAACAGUGCUGUGGCCUCGACGUGACCCAACGCCAUGACCCCGAUCUCGCCAUCGAGGACGAGCAUCUGAGGAACGACACCGUGAGGGAUAUGGAAGACGGGGCCGAUGACGACGAGGAAGAUGACUUGGAAUCCGCGAAAUCGUCCUGGCUCUCAAUGGUGGAUCGAGACGAAACCCAAGAACUUUCAUUCGACGACAUUGACGAAUCGACCAUCUCUGCCUUCGAAGCAUAG